GAGACAGAAAUCAAGCGCACCGUGAACGAACCAACCAACCACGUCACUCGCCGGAGACGUGUCACAUACCUUGGUCGCUGAGCGUUAGCCAGCGGUUAGCAUCUGGCUGCCGAGACAUGUCUCAUUUUCGAGAAAAGCGAAGACUUUCACUUGUUCAGUAGUCACGAUGAAGGUUGAGGAAAACGGGAUGGAGCCGUGGUACAAGCCAGACCAGCCUCUGUCAGCCGACUGAUCCCCGAUGUUCUCUCAAUAAAGCCUCGAGCUGAAGACAGUUUGCAGCAUGGGGAGGAUCAGCUUUUCGUGCCUUUUCCCAGCCUCGUGGCAUUUCAGCCUGUCGUCCCAGGUUCUUCCCCGGCUCCUGGUACCUUCCCUCAGACAGCUGCUCUUCAUCGGCCUGGUGCUCGGCCUCAUAGGACUCCUUUACCUGCUGCUCGCCACCGGAAAGGGGCACGCCAGCUGGAUCCGAAAGGAAAAUCAUUUUCACAGGCACCUGGCGAGGGUGACUGAUGUGGACGCAACGGAUACGAGCAACCCCAACCUGAACUAUGGCUUGGUGGUGGACUGUGGCAGCAGCGGCUCCAGGGUGUUUGUUUACUGCUGGCCCCGGCACAACGGUAAUCCUCAUGAACUGUUGGACAUCCAGCAAAUGCGAGAUCAACACCGCAAGCCAGUGGUCAUGAAGAUCAAACCGGGUAUCUCUGAGUUGGCUAAAACCCCAGAGAAAGCCAGUAAUUAUAUAUAUCCACUGCUGAGCUUCGCAGCCCAACACGUUCCCAAAAAUAAGCACAAAGAAACACCCUUGUAUAUACUGUGCACAGCUGGAAUGAGAAUCCUGCCUGAAAGUCAACAAGAAGCACUUCUUGAGGAUCUGCGCACUGACAUUCCAGUCCACUUCAACUUCCUCUUCUCGGAUUCUCACGUAGAAGUAAUUUCUGGAAAACAGGAAGGUGUCUAUGCAUGGAUUGGAAUAAACUUUGUCCUUGGAAGGUUUAACCAUGUGCACAAUGAUGGGGAAGCUGUAGUGGAGGUGCAUGUCCCAGGCAGCGAGCAGCAGGACGCGCUGGUGAGAAAAAGGACUGCCAGUGUCUUGGACAUGGGCGGCGUGUCGACACAGAUCGCAUACGAAGUGCCCAAAACUGUAAGCUUUGCUUCUCCACAGCAGGAGGAAGUCGCCAAGAACUUACUGGCUGAAUUCAACUUGGGAUGUGACGCACAUCGGACAGAGCAUGUUUAUCGUGUUUAUGUGUCCACCUUCCUGGGUUUUGGAGGAAAUGCAGCACGCCAAAGAUAUGAGGAAAAUCUCAUCAGAAAUACUGCCACUCGAAACAAGCUGUUAGGUCAGCACAAAGGUGAGACAGCAGAGUCUCCCCUCCCGGACCCUUGUCUGCCCUCAGACCUGCAGGACGAGAUUGGCCCAUCUGCACAGAAGCUCCAUCUGCGAGGCACAGGAGACUUCGACCAGUGUCGCCUGAUUCUCCAACCGUUCCUGAACUGCACCAAUGAGACCCAGACCUCCCUCAGUGGUAUCUACCAACCUGCCAUUGACUACACCAACAGUCAGUUCUACGGCUUCUCUGAGUUCUACUACUGCACAGAGGAUGUGCUGCGCAUGGGCGGAGAUUAUAACGCUUCCAAAUAUGCCGAGGCUGCGAAGAGUUACUGUGCCACCCGGUGGAAGACUCUGAGGGAGCGCUUUGACUCUGGCUUGUAUGCCUCACAUGCUGAUCUUCACAGACUGAAGUACCAGUGUUUUAAAUCGGCUUGGAUGUAUGAAGUAUUGCACUCGGGCUUUUCCUUCCCAACCAAUUAUAAAAACCUGAAGACUGCCCUAUUGGUCUACGAUAAGGAGGUCCAGUGGACUCUUGGCGCUAUACUUUACCGAACACGGUUUCUGCCUUUGAGGGACAUCCAGCAGGAAGCUCUGAAAGGAGCUCAUUCUCACUGGCGGCACAGCUUCUCCUUUGUCAACAACCACUACUUAUUCCUGGCUUGUUUCUUCAUUGUGCUGUUGUCUAUUAUGUUGUACCUAAUGCGACUCCGCCGCAUCCACCGGCACGCGGCACAACCUUGCACCCCCUCCUCUGUACCGUGGUUGGAAGACGGCCUUGGCUCACCCACGCUCCCUGUCAACCUCUGAACUUUCAGGUAGUGAGAUUUGGACAAAUGAGGAGGAUCCUUUGUGAGCCCUCAGGCUUAGCCGAGUAGAUGUUUGCGUAUAAUUUAUUUUUUUUGACAUCGAAAUUUCCUUCUUUUUCUUUUAUUAAUGUCUGUCACUCCGGUGUCAAUUUCAAAUGGCAGCUGCCUCCAGGUGUCUUCUAUUUAAUUUCUAAAAAUGACAAACACAGUGGUACUUUUCUCACGAAGGAAUCUUCAAUACCCAAAUAAAUGUGUACUCUAUCAUUUAACAAAGUUGGACAAAUAUACCACAGCGGCAAUUCAUUAUAUGUGUGGGCAUUUGCCUUUCUUUAUGCCUUUUAUAUGUGCAUGAUCAGAUAUUUUCUUUUUUGUUUUGAUAUGCAGAAACCUCAAAUGCAAUACGAUUUCUGAUUAGUGGAAGGAGCACUUUGUAACGCAGUUGGAAAUGAGAAAAUGAGACUUCACAGCACUUCGCAGCUGGAAUGUUUUUUUUGUUUUUUUUUGUGUGCGCACGUCUUUCCCAAAUUUGUCCACCUUUAGUGCAAUACAUGUCUUGACACUGUUGGGAAGUUCUCCAAAUCACAUCUGUUCUUUUGAGUAGAAUAUCAAUCUCUCUUAAAGCCCUGCUGAAAUUCUUGCAUUUGGUUAUCUUACUAUUUUGUAGGAUACCGCUGCAUAUACUUUAUUUAUGUUGAGCUUCAUUUUUCAGAAGCCGUCAUAUCACUGCUGUGAGGGGAUUGUAAAUGAGGGCACGUGUCCCUUUAUUUAUAUGAAAAAUGGUCUAGUGAAAUGUUUGCACAGAUGAAUGCGAAAUAAAUGUUGUCAAAUUGAAAUUCAGUAAUAAAGUUUUUAUGGAAUACUU